CUUUAAAAGGAGCACAUCAGUAGCAAAGAUAGCACUCUUCCCGGGUAAAAUGAAGAAGUAACAAGAGGACACAGCAAAGCAUAAUCUCUUGGAAAAGAUGGUAUCGGAAACUCUGAAUCUAAUGCAGUACCUCACCAGCCUGGUACCAGAUGUGAUGCCAGUGGCCACAGUGCCCAUACUCCUCGUCAUGUGCUUUCUCUUUCUAAUUUGGAAUCAUGAAGAAACAUCAUCAAUACCAGGGCCUGGAUACUGUAUGGGCAUUGGCCCCCUCAUCUCACAUGGCAGAUUUCUUUGGAUGGGAGUAGGUAAUGCCUGCAACUAUUACAAUAAGACAUACGGAGAAUUUGUGAGAGUUUGGAUCAGCGGUGAAGAAACAUUUAUAAUUAGCAAAUCCUCCAGUGUGUUCCAUGUAAUGAAACAUUGGCACUAUGUUUCUCGAUUUGGGAGCAAACUGGGAUUACAGUGCAUUGGCAUGUAUGAAAAUGGGAUAAUAUUUAAUAAUAACCCAGCACACUGGAAGGAAAUUCGACCCUUUUUCACCAAAGCUCUAUCCGGUCCCGGUCUUGUGCGUAUGAUAGCAAUUUGUGUCAAAUCAACAAUUGAUCACCUGGACAAACUGGAGGAGGUGACUACCGAAAUGGGAAACAUCGACGUGUUGAAUCUGAUGAGACGGAUCAUGCUUGAUACAUCUAACAAGCUGUUUCUAGGGAUCCCUUUGGAUGAAAGUGCCAUCGUGCUUAAGAUUCAGAACUACUUUGAUGCUUGGCAAGCACUUUUAUUAAAGCCUGAUAUCUUUUUUAAGAUUUCUUGGCUGCGCAAGAAAUAUGAAGAAGCAGUCAAAGACUUGAAAGGAGCAAUGGAAAUCUUAAUAGAACAGAAGCGACAAAAGCUCUCCACUGUUGAUAAGUUAGACGAUCACAUGGACUUUGCAUCCCAGCUGAUUUUUGCACAGAGCCGUGGAGAUCUGACUGCUGAGAACGUGAACCAGUGUGUGCUGGAGAUGAUGAUCGCUGCUCCUGACACUCUCUCUGUGACACUCUUCUUUAUGCUAGUCCUGAUCGCAGAGCACCCCACAGUGGAAGAGGAGAUGAUAAGGGAAAUUGAAAUUGUUACAGGUGACAGAGACAUACAGAGUGAUGACAUGCCAAACUUAAAAAUUGUGGAGAAUUUUAUUUAUGAGAGCAUGAGAUACCAGCCAGUUGUGGACUUGAUCAUGCGAAAAGCUUUACAAGAUGAUGUAAUUGAUGGCUAUCCUGUGAAAAAGGGAACAAACAUUAUUCUCAAUAUUGGACGCAUGCAUAAGCUUGAAUUCUUCCCGAGGCCAAAUGAGUUUUCUCUUGAAAACUUUGAGAAGAAUGUUCCUUCACGCUACUUCCAGCCGUUUGGAUUUGGCCCUCGGGGAUGUGUAGGAAAAUUUAUUGCCAUGGUAAUGAUGAAAGCAAUUCUGGUAACGCUUCUGAAACGGUGCCGAAUUCAGACAAUGAAAGGAAGAGGCCUUAACAACAUCCAGAAAAGUAAUGACUUAUCCAUGCAUCCCAAAGAGAGACAGCCUUUUCUGGAGAUGGUUUUCACACCAAGAAGCAGCACAAACAAGAAUCGGGAGGUCUAAAGCAGAUCAUCAGUGGUGGGAAAGCUAUAGGGCUUUCUCAGCCACAGCCAGAUUAUGAAAUGGUCAUUUUUCCUAGGUAAAUAUAAGGAGUAAAACAUGUUGUUCACCUUAAGUCACUACUGCUCUAAGUGACCACCUGAUCCACUUGCCCAGCAGAACCAUG